UCUUGCGCUGGCAUACUGUUCCCAUAGUUGAUUGUGAGCUUUUUCCGAGCAUUGUCUGCGACUUGCGGUUGUUUUACUGUUGUAAACGGCUGCGUGUGUGUGGAGGAUCCCUCAGGUGUUUGUGGAGGCUUCAGGUGCUGUUAGAUGCGGUUCUCGUUCUCGCUUGCACUUUAUCCAUCUCUCGCAUUGCUUCUGUGCUCUAGGAUCUGGGCCAUUUUGCGCUCGAGUUCUGGUUUCCCUGUGGUCUGUUCUAUUUCUGUGCGUGUUUCAAGAGGAGGAAUAGGAAGAGAAGGAGGAGGAGGAGGAAGAAGAAGAGUAUACGAUUCCAGAUCUCGCUUGAAACGAUGGUGUUUUAGAGGCGAGCGAGAGGGGGGUUCAGCUUGGGAGUGGGGGGUGUAGAUUCUUGGCAGCAGUUAGUUUUAUGGGAUCUGGUUUUUGGGGGUACAUUGUGGGAGAAGGGAGUAUAAGACAGUUCGGGGGAUCACAGAAUGAGAGACUAGUACUGGGUCUGCACAAGACCAUUCCUGGUUGAUUAUUGUCGUUGAGAUCCCUCUGGCGAACGGUGGAGGAGAGGGUUAUCAGCACACAGACGUCAGGAAUCCUUCAUUUCUAACUCGGGAUGGAGUUUAAUAACAGGCCAGAGAUCUAGCAACCCAUGGAGGGAGACCAGAUCUGGAGCUCGAGAGGGCUGUAAUGCCACUGUCGCAUCAACUAAUUGAGGCUGCCUCCGCCUUGUGCACAACUGUGCCUCGUUGAGCGGAGCCUCAUGAGUCUGCGAUCCGAAGCCAAGAAGCAAUUGCAUGAGGAUAAGACUGAGAGGGGGGAAAUGAAGGAAACGGAGACCAUCAGACGGCCGCUGCCUAGGUUCCAAAGAGACUCCACGAACUCUGUGAGUGCAGGUCGUGAAAGAGCUCCUGUUUCUCCCCGGGCAUGGCCGCUUCUCUCUUUGUUCGCAUGUGUUUUGGUUAUGGGCGUCAUGGGCAUGCGGCUCCUGCCUCCUACCAAAUACACCAACUGGGCGGACCCUUUUAAAAGCUGGGAUCCCCAGGACAAGCAGUGGGCUUUUCCCAAUGUGAUGGCUUCUUUCCACUCAUGGAAACACAAUCAGCUCCAGGACAAUCGUAAAGCGUUUGAAGAGGGAUUUCAGACUGUUCUAGAUCCGAUUCGAAGCACAGAGUCCGAGGAUGAGAACAUCGACUCUUCAAACAAGGGGGACGAGACCGUCGAGGCUUCGACAUUGGAAGAUAUACAUGUUUUCGUCUGCACCGAUGAAGCUGAUCUUCGACCUCUCGCAGUAUUGAUCAACUCCAGCAUGGCAAAUUGCCCACAUCCAGAACGGCUUUUUUACCAUUUAGUCAUGCCGCAUAAUCAGAGGAACGCGGCGAAAAGGCUAAAACACCUACUUCCGAAGGCUAGAAUUGAGAUGGCUGAAAAAUAUAUCGACAUCCGCGAGGUGGAAGAGCAUAUAACGUUCCGGAAUGAUACCGGGGCUCGCAAGGAGCUCGUGAGUCCCUACAAUUUUCUGCCAUUCUACCUGCCUAAAACGUAUAGCGAAAUAAGGCGCAUCAUCUACCUGGACUCUGAUAUUGUAGUGAAGGGAAAUUUGGAAGUGCUGAAUGAUGUAGAUCUUGAAGGUCAUUCAGUGGCGGCUAUUGAAGACUGUUCACAGAGGUUCCAGGUUUACUUCGAUUUUGCUCAGUUGGAUGAGAUUCAGAAGCGACAGGGACCAGAUCGACCAAGUUGGUUACCAGACGAACCCUUCAACAAAUCAGCUUGUGUGUUUAACCGUGGAGUUCUUGUCAUUGAUACUAAAGAAUGGAUUGAUCAGAACAUCACCAAGGCUAUUGUUUGGUGGAUGGAUGAGUUUCGAAAGGCUGACAAGAAGGCAUUGUACAAGGCAGGAAUGUCACAACCACCCUUCUUACUUGCACUUUACGGAAAGCACAAAGUGCUGGAUGAGACAUGGAACGUACGAGGUCUCGGUCGACCCAAUCUGAGUGACAUGGAGAGAAUAUACUACAAGAAGGGGUGGAAUUAUACAUUUGAGAGAAUUCCUUUUAUGUCCCCGUUUGCUGAUGAAGCCAAUAUUCUCCACUUCAACGGAAAAUAUAAGCCUUGGAAGGGCAAGCGCCACCGCGGAGAAAAUGACGAGAUUAUUUCAAUUUGUGGUGAUCCAGCGAAAGGUCAAGAAUGUGCAGGCUUAUGGUGGGAGUACUUGUCCCCAGAAUCCAAUGAUUUUUUAAAGAAGAAGCCCGUGUCAAAGGGUAUUCUGUAGAAUGUAUCGUAGGAUGUCCCUUAACACCAACCAUUGCAUCUCUUUCUCGUGUUUUGUAGUGCAGUUUAGUUCUGGUUCACAAUCAGCUUGUUGUGUAAUUGCCAUCCCAUACUCUGGGAAAAUUAAGACACGUUUUGGAACUUGGGAGUGCGAAUAGGAGUCUGGAGGCAGUCUUCCUCCGGAUGUGGUUUCUGAGCCUCUCCUCUGUAAACAAGAGCUAACAAGUGGCUCAUGUGUCUGGUUCUUGUAUAAUUCAAACAGCAUUGAGGCAUAAGUGAGCCUUUCCGGCAUUCAUUCCUGGUC